GGAAUGUCCAGCCUCACUAUCUCAGCAACUCUCCCCCAAUUCCGCCCGCCGCCUUGCUCCGGCGGCGCCGCUCCGUUCACGAGGUUGGCACAGGUGGUGGCGGCGGCGGUGAGGAAGAGGAGGUUGGAGGUGGGGAGGGAGCCGGGAUUGCUUUAUGAGAACGAUGAGAUUGAUAAGGGGAUUUCAAUGGCGGGGAAGCUGAGCCACACCAGUAGCUUGAGAUUCCUGGACAAAGCUGCCAUCCUCACCGAACAAGACAAGCUAACCCCCAACACCUACAGCCAUCCCAAUCUCUGGCAUCUCAGCACAGUCCACCGAGUCGAAGAACUCAAAUCCCUAAUCCGCAUGGCCCCAAUUUGGGCCGCCGGAAUCCUCGCCAUCACCGCCGCCGCCCAACAGAACACCUUCUCCCUCCAACAAGCCCGCACGAUGAACCGCCGAAUCUCCCCUUCCUCCUCCUUCCAAAUCCCUCCCGGCUCCAUGACCCUCUUCACCAUGCUCUCCAUGCUCCUCACCAUCUCCCUCUACGACCGCCUCCUCGUCCCCUUAGCCCGCCGAUUCACCGGCCUCCCCCGCGGGAUCUCAUUCCUCCUCCGCAUGGGCAUCGGAUUCGCCAUCUCCGCAUCGGCCACCCUCAUCGCCGGCUUCGUCGAGCUUCAUCGGCGCCGGAAAUCGGCGGAUCCUAUAAGCGUGUUCUGGCUGGUGCCGCAGUACGGGUUAUUCGGGGCGUCGGAAGCGUUCACAUCGAUCGGACAUUUGGAGUUCUUUUACGAUCAGUCGCCGGAGAGCAUGAGGAGCACGGCGGCGGCUUUGUUUUGGCUGUCGAUAUCGGCGGGGAGCUAUGGGAGCACGGUGUUGGUGGGGGCGGUGCAUCGGUAUACGGAUUGGUUGGUGGAUGAUUUGAACAAGGGGAGAUUGGAGUAUUUGUAUUGGAUUAUAACGGGUUUGCAGGUGCUGAAUUUGGGGUAUUAUGUUCUCUGUGCGAGGUUUUAUGUGUACAAGCCGUUGCGAGUUGAGGAUGAUGGAGGUGGAAGAAGGGGGGAGGGGAUGAUGGGUUCCUAGGAGUUCACAUCUUAAUUGGUUAGGAUUGAUGUUCUUUGUGAAGAAAUAUUUCGUCCAGACGGCCAAUCACUAACGGCUAAAUCGCUAUACACGUCAUUGGCGAGCGACGUGGCCGCCGGUAGUUGGCCGUCCGUGCGGACGUCCAACAUAAUAUUUUAUUUACUCUUUCUAUGUAUCAUAUAUGUCUGGACGUAGAUCUGAAUGAGCCAUCGUGCAAUUCAAUGCGUGGUUGCAUCUGAACCGUCAUUCAGACACGUGACGCCGUAAUAUUUUACCCUUUGUAUGAUUUAUAAUCAUUUUUGUCUUUAAGAAUGUAUAUGUUCUUUAAUAUUUGAAUUUAUUGUAAUUCAAUUUUUUCUUAAAAUAUGUAAGAUAAUGUAGAAGAUUAGGGUGUAAGAGAUGAGCUUAAAUGAGU